AGAGGACUAAGGAACUGCCCAGCGCCUUUGACCCGGCGCUGCUGGAGUUCUUGGUGUGCCCACUUUCCAAGAAGCCACUCAGGUAUGAAGCAUCGACAAAUGAAUUUGAUUAAUGAAGAGUUGGGAAUAGCCUAUCCAAUUAUUGAUGGGAUUCCUAAUAUGAUACCUCAGGCAGCUAGGAUGACACAACAGAACAAGAAGGAAGAAGAUAUGGAGCAGCAUUAAAUCAUAAUUAAAAACUACAUUUUAAAAACUAAAUUUUCUUAAUACUGACUACCUUUUUAAAAAGUCAGGGUGGCAGGUAAUAAGUGGGAGAGAAGAAUGUUUCUGUCUCUUCCUACAUUGACUGUCCUUUUUCCAUUGGUCUCUUUAGCAGGACUGUUCUACUUGGCCUCUAUGGAAGAAAACUUCCCGCAGGGCUGCACGAGCACAGCCAGCCUCUGCUUUUACAGCCUGCUCUUGCCCAUUACCAUACCAGUGUAUGUGUUCUUCCACCUUUGGACUUGGAUGGGUAUUAAACUCUUCAGGCAUAAUUAAUGCAACCAGAGCCAAGAUGGUAUAUACAUUAAUAAUAAGUCUUGAGCAUCUGUCUCUGAAAGCUCAACUACAUGGAAAUACUGGAAACAAACUUAAUUUUCAGGAAAGAUCCUAUACCUAGUUUCUGUCAAAGAUUUAGAGCUAUGGGAGGCUUAAGCUGCAGAAACUUUUUUAGUAUACUUUGGUUCUGCUCUUAUUUUUUGAAGGUUCUAAUUCAUAACUGCUGUAUCAGAAGCAAUUCAACACUGUGGCUUGUUGGAAAUGAACAACUCCAACCAUCAUCUAAUGACUUUAUUUCAUUUCCCUUUCAU